AUGCAAACCACCACGAUAGUGUUUAAGACUGACGUCGUCAAGGAAUUCCGGAUACCCUCUGGUGCUAUUGUGUCGUCCACUUCUUCGCCGCCCGGCUCCUCCACCAUGAGACCGCCGCCGCCGCCGCCGCCCCCUAAACUUAAAAUUCUCGAGAACAAGCUCGAAGAGCCCUCCAGCUCUAUCCCAGAUCUCGUUGUGCGCCAGAAGGGGGCGCUGCUGGUCACCCCUGGAUUUUCGCCCCCGCUAACCUUCACCGAAACGUUCAUCUCCGCUUGCGGAAAAGCGAUUUUCCCGAGACCUCGAGUCUUGGAAAAUCAAAUUUUCACCAGAACCCGGCCGUUAGAACGGAAACGGGAAAUAUGCAAAUUGCGGCGAGAUUUUUAA